AUGUCAUCUACAAAUAAUAAUAAUGCUAAUUUGCCUUUUGGUGGGAAGGUAGUGGUUUCUGGUGGAGAUUUUAGACAAAUUCUUCCUGUCAUUCCUGGAGGUGGCAGGACAGAAAUUGUUAAUGCAAGCAUAUGUUCCUCUUACAUAUGGGACUAUUGUAGUGUUUUGAGACUUACAAAAAAUAUGAGAUUAGAGGAAUCUUCACAUGCUGAUAAUGAUGAAUUGGCUUUGUUUUCACAAUGGAUCUUAAAUGUUGGAGAUGGCAAUAUAGGUGGGCCUAAUGAUGGCAUCUCUGAGAUUAUGAUUCCUACUGAGUUGCUCAUAUCAAAUUUUGAAGAUCCUCUUAGUUCUAUUGUGGAUUGUAUAUAUCCAAAUCUUCUUGAAAAUCACUUGGAUUCUAAUUGGUUGCAAUCACGAGCAAUUCUUUGUUCUAUGCUUGAUGUCGUUGAGAAGGUAAAUCAAUAUAUUAUCAUGAAAAUUUCAGGAGAUGAAAAAAUUUACUUGAGUUCAGAUAGUGUUGACAAAUCUUAUGGAAGCGGACAGUAUGCUACUGAAACACUUACUCCAGAGUUUUUAAAUAGCCUCCAAUGUUCAGGAUUACCUCAUCAUGCUUUGAAGUUGAAGGUUGGAAUUCCUAUAAUGCUUUUAAGAAAUCUAGACCAAUGUGCAGGUUUAUGUAAUGGCACCAGGCUAAUUAUAACAAAGUUAUCUAAUCAUGUUAUAGAAGCAGAAGUAUUAGUUGGAAGCUAUCUUGGCAAAAAGGUCUUAAUCCCACGCAUGUGCAUGUCUCCUUCUCAAUCACCAUGGCCUUUCAAAUUUGAUAGGAGACAAUUUCCUAUUGUUGUCUCAUAUGCCAUGACCAUCAAUAAAAGUCAAGGACAAUCUCUUAGCAAUGUUGGAGUGUAUCUUCCUAAACCCGUGUUUAGUCAUGGACAACUUUAUGUUGCUAUAUCUCGUGCUCGAAGUAAGAAGGGAUUAAAAAUUCUUAUUCACAACAAAGAAGGGCAUGUUUUAAGUAGCACAACAAAUAUUGUAUUCAAAGAAAUUUUCUCAAAUUUAAAAUAG